AUGCUUCCACCAUCACCUGGCAAAUUUAAAAGUCAUGAAGAACUUCUUACCCACGUGCGAACAUUUGCUAAAACUCAAGGAUACGCUGUGACAAUAAAGAGGUCAAGAUCUGGUUCAAAUGGAGAAAUAAAGAAUAUGAAUUUAAAAUGUGAUAGAGGAGGUGUUUAUAGAAACAGACUAAAUUUGACAGAUGAUUCACGAUGUAGGCAAACAGCCUCAAGACUUUUAAGUUGCCAAUUUGAACUUUUUGCAAUUAAACAUGACAAUUUUUGGAUUCUUGAAAUUGUGGAACCUGGAUAUAACCAUGAAGCAUCAGAUAUGCUUGGUCACCUAAUUAUCCAAAGAUUAAAUACUAAACAAAGAGAACAAGUUCAACGGAUUAAUUGA